AUGACACGAGCAACUGCCGCCGCCACCACCAAGACCCGUCAAAUCAAGAGAGCUUCUCCCAACUGCGACCUCAUCGGAUCCAUCUUGGGCGCUCAAAAUGCCAAAGUUCCGACCGUCGCGAAGCAACAUGUGGAGCCGCCGGCUCAGCAGAAGACUCCAGAAGAACUUCGAGAACUGGAUCGUCAGAAACGAGCAAUGGAGGUGCAUUUCGACGCUUCCGAGCAACAAAGAGUGAUGCGGAACUACGAGUUCCACGUCGAGCAAGAGGACCUUCGACGCCGCGCCGAGCAGAAGAGGACCGCGAGGAACCACGAGCGGCUGGUUGCGAAUCUCCGGAAACGAGCGUUGACGAUUUUCGGAGAUUUGUUCGAGGACAAGAAGCGACGAUAA